UGACGGAGCGAUUUUGUGGUCGAUUCGGGUUGAACAUAAUAAUAUUUUUAAAAGUAUAUAAUUAUGUAUUAACUCAACAAAUAGUUUGUAUAAUGAAUGAAUAUUUGUGGGAAUUUGCGCAGAAACUACCAAGCGAAAAUCGCUUCCAAAUAGUCCUGAAAUCGGCCCUUUCCACAAUUGCUGCAAAGCGGUCGGACUUGGGAAAAACCAACGACAAAUGGAUGUGCCGAAAAUGUAAAACUCUCUGGAUGCAUGGUUAUUUCCAUGUAGACGAAAUUCAACGUACAAAUAAGUUCGAUAAAUUGGUGCCGAAAUAUGAGAUCAAAUCGAGUCUAUCUAGAAAACAACAGACUUAUCUGAAGUAUAUGCAGAGUAGAAAAAACGCUAGCAUUAAAUACACAUGCCAUAUUUGUUCUUACAAAACGAGAGUUGCGAUAGUCCAAAGUAGUCGAUCAAACAAGAAGAUGAAUGUGAAGGUUACUAAAAAAGCUGUCCUCAAGACUAAUAAAAGCAAGUCACAAAAGAGAACAAUGGCAAUGAAUAAAAAGAAACCAGCGUCCACAUUUAAUUCUAACAAUUCAAAUAAGCUUCAGGCAUUGUCGAAUAUAUUAAAAAAUAAAUCUGUUGAAAUGUCAUCCCAAGAUCGAUUGAAACUGUUGUUGAAGUAAAUCAUAGAUUGAUUUAUUGUGAUACACGCAUUGUAAAAAAAUGUGAAUUUCAAAGUGUUCUUGAAAUUCGUUAGUGAGUACUGCGAAACCAGGAAAGAUAGUCUCAACUAUUUAUAUCAGAAGGUCAAAAAGGCACACUGUGUGUGGUAACAAUAAAUAGUGCUCGUGCCGCACAAUGUUUGUAAA